UAAGAAAUUGAAUAGAUGACCCAAGAGUCUCGAAUCUUACGUCAGUCAUCUGGGGCUGGGCUGAGCUUCGGAAGCAAGUGGCAGUCUACAUACGCCUGUACUAGGAAAAUUGUUGAUUUCCCUUUCCUAGGGGCGUUUGAAAACCUUGUUGCUGUGACUUGUGACCAAACGAGUGGUUCUAACAGUAUACGAGGCGCGGAGGAAGGAAGAGUGACAAGGAGAAGAGGAAGUGCAUUGGUGAUGAGUUUUGAUUGAAAACAGGUCAAUAGAGCAGAAACAUGUGUGCACAAAGACUGUGGCCGACUGUCCAGGCCCUUGGCCGAGGCUUGGUGAGCAGCCGGUCCGAGAUCAUCCAGCAGGGUGUGAAGGCUUACAAUGCUCAGAACUUCAACCCAAACCAUCUCAGCCAGGGGCACUCCAUCUCCAGCCAUGAUCGCUUCCCACUUUCGCAAAGGAUCAUCCACACCUCCAGAGGAUCCUUUAACAAGGUGGUGGCUCGUUCUUUUCAUUCUGGGACCGUCCUCUUAGUGAAGGAGUUCAACGAUACUGAAAAUGAACAUGCACAUGCUGUGUUGCGCUCCUUGCCUGCCUACCAUGCAACAACAGUGGCCAAGGAGGAGACUUCAGGUUCUACCUUCUACCACCAAUAUACCUUCCCUCCCUUGGAUUCUGAGUGGGCAAGGUGCAGUGCUGAUGAGGUAGCUAACAGGUUCAUUGCCACAUCCCAGGAGUGCAGGUAUAGACCCAUGGACCUGGAGGACAGAAAACAUUCAGAGUUGUGUUCUGCAUUGGUCAGAAAUUUGAGACAGUUAAGUGAUAAUCAGCUGCUUCAGGUUCUCUCGGCAUUAUCACUGUGGCCCCCAACCAAUGCCACUACAACACCAAACUUUGUGGCAUUGUGGAAUGCUCUUGAUCAAGCAUGUACAGAGAGAAUAAACAGGUGGGACAUGACUCGCAUGUUCCUGGUAGCUGAUCAUUGGUAUGCUCUGCGAUUGUCACGAAUUUCCAUGUAUAAUAUUCAAAUGACCAAACUAUUGGGCAGAAAAGUAUCAACUAUGGGACCCACUCAGCUUGUCCAGUAUUUGUUCUAUGCAAAUCUCAGCAGAAAACUGGAACCAUUUAUCAUUAAGAAGGACAUAGAGAAGCGUAUCUCAGAGGUACUCACUCAAAUAUCUAUUGAGGAGCUUGGUGUUAUAGCAAUGGGUUUCUUCAAAACACAGACAUUCCUAAAAAAUGAGAGGCUUGUUCAGGGAAUUGUCAAAAAGACACAGGAAAACCUAGAUUGUGUUUCUGAUGCAUCACUGUGUGCCAUCCUCAAGUUGUUACGGAAAAGCAUUCCUGUAACACAGUGGAAAUUGCUGCACAGCCUCUUGGAUUCUCUUGUUCCACAGCUUGACCGCCUGAACCACAUGUGUCUCCUUCAGGUGGCUCUUCUGGGCAAUGACUUACUUGUGUACCAUCCUCAAGCCAUUGACAUAAUUGCUUCAAAAUUUGCUAGUGAUAUUAGUAGUAUAAGGCUGAAAGACAUUGAAAGAAUAACUUUUGCUCUUAUGCUGUACAACUGUGUGCCACCAAGUCGACCUGAUAUAUUCUCCUUGAUUGCUGAAGAAUUAAGGAAACCUGAAAGGACUAUGGAAAUCAAUCAUUACCCUAAAUGCUUUGUAUCCUGUGUAGUGUAUCUCACAACACUUGGGUUCUUCCCUCAAGACUUGAUAUCUGCAGCUCUUCAGCCAUCCAUGCUAAACCUUUUAAGCAUGAGCCGUCACUACUCAGACAUGGGGAGGGAGGUGAGUGAGCUAGAAUGGGCUAUGGUGAUUGAGGGUCCUCCCAACUAUCAAGGCUACCGACUCAAUCCUGAUCUGAGGCAACAACUUACCAGGGAAUACUUGGGAAACCUGCCCGUGGGAUCCAUCAAAGGGAUGACUCACCAGGAGAAGUUGUUGAUAGAAGUGAAGGAAAAGUUGGCAGCUAUGUUGGGAGGACAUGAAUUCCUUACCAUUACACAUGUUUUGCCUCAUGUCCAAACACCUGAUUUGGUAUUUUGUACUGAUGCUGAAGGGCAGCCAGUGGUGCUGCCUCAGGAGUACAGGGACCUUGCUGCCACUGACCUGAAGCGACCCUUGGGACGGCCGGGAGAGAUCCAGUGGAAUACUGUCGUUGUUGCAGGACGGAACUCCUUCAUUCGCAACACAGAAGAGUUGAGAGGAAAUGUUCACAUGAGGAAGAGACAACUUAGCACUCUAGGCUACUAUGUGUCUGUGAUACCAUACAUGGAAUACAACCGCAAAAGUUUGCGUGCCAAGCUUAGUUGUCUUGAUCGUUCCCUGAAGGAAGGCUCAUCUCUCUGCUUGGAUGGCCGCGUAGAAUCUGCCUGGGUCAACCUCAAAGCCAGUAUGGAGAAGCAGGAGGAGAUGAUUGGCUGACAUUGUUGUGAAGAAGCAGGUUAAUUGAAGGUUCAUAAAGAAGUGCCUAUAAGAAUGAAAUGUUGAGAUAUAAAAUUGGUCCACUUGUAACCUUGCAAUCAGACAUGAGGUAGCAUACUUGUUGUUAUCAGCAUAUGGGUUUCUAUAGAGUUGGUAACUAUCAUUUAAGUGCUAAGUAAGGUGUUGUAAUUGUAAGAUAAUUUAGAGAUAAUCUUUAAUGUAGAAAGUUUAAGAUAAAAUAAUAUCAGAGGGACUUUUAAUAAAUCCCAUAGUCCAUUUAAUACAUCUAAGACUGGAGAGAAAACUAUGACUGGCUUUUCUUUCCACCAAGCAACUGAUGGGUGCUUUUCAUUUUCAAUGAUAUUAUAUAAUUACUGGGAAUUGCUUGAAAGGUUUUGCAAUUACAAAUUCAGUUAGCAUUUGCUUUUGGGGCUCUGCAAGUAUCAUAGCAAUGAUGUGUGUAAAUAUUAAAUUUGGAACUCUCUCUCUCUCUCUCUCUCUCUCUCUCUCUCUCUCUCUCUCUCUCUCUCUCUCUCUCUCUCUCUCUCUCUCUCUCUCUCUCUCUCUCUCUCUCUCAUGGUUCUUAUUUACUUGUAUUUUAUCAUAGAAUAACAUUGACCAAUGUAAUUUCUUGUCUUUCAUAUCAGAUGCACAAUAGUAUGAUCAGUUAGUCUUAGUUACUUCCAGUUCUUCAUAGAAACUUUACUCUCUAUAACUCAGUGCUGUUAUCAGCUCUCAAUUCGUCCAUGUCAUCAUCAUCAUCAUCAUCAUGCAUGAGUUCAUUGUAGUGUACUGAGUGUACUGUGUCAUCUUGGUGGUGUUAUCAGAUUGGAGGGUCACAACUCAUCUUCUGUACCUGUUCAUUGCUGGAAAAACAGGACCUGCAGCAUCAAAAAAAAAAAAAAAAAAAAAAAUCUCUACAUCCAGUCAGGAAUUCAAAUCCAUUACAUCUUGGGUAUAAGUUGAGGAUGCUAACCCCCUCCUACUGACUGCUUGUUGAUAAAUGAGGACAGUGAUAAUUGAUCGGUUAAGAAACUCAUCUCUUAUCUCAUGCAUUUCCUUAUUAGGAAAAGGAUGUUAACAUCUGCUCAGCAAAGAAAAAAUAAAUAAAAAAAAGGUACUGAACAAGAUGCAUGUUUUUCAAUUCUGCAUUGUUCAUCUUUGUUCUAUAUUUUUGCACAAGACCAAAUCUUCAAGGAGGUUAAUUUUUUAAGGCUCAUUAUUUUAUCAUUUUAUGUAAGAAAUCAAAGGCUAUUUUUACAUGCAUGAUAAAUUUAAUGUUAUCUAUGCACCAUUCUUUUUAGCCUAAGUGAUAUCCAAAUUGCUGUCACUAUUAUUCAUUAAAAUUGCAUUCAAGUUGUGGAACUCCAAUCUUGAUCUCAGACAUGUCCCCUGUGAUCCCUCGCUCUAUAGUGCAGGUCAGCCACAAUAGUAAACUUCCCAUCUUUGCCUUGUCAUGCUCCGUCCUUGCUCCCUACAGCAAUUUUUUCCCUCUUUAUGCUUUUGUCAUUAUAUUGUCUCCUGUAGAGAAUAGCUGUUGGAAGUGAGGUGCUCUCAUCCCUUUUUAAGAGACAAGACGAGGUAUCUUCAUACAUGAUUUCACAAGUAUUCCUUCACAUUUUUGUUAUUAAUAUCUCACACAGCAGGUAGGUCCAGGAUAGUGAAAAAUACAAUAGUUAAUCAAAGUAAGUCUGACAUUGCUUGCGGUGCAAGAAAGAAAAUGGAUGGAUAAAAAUAUCCUGUACUUCAGACCUGUGUAAAGCAUUCUUUCUUUCUGUCCCUUUCCUGUACUAUUCUAUCAUUCAUCAUUUAACUUGUGGAACCCAAACCUGAUAAGGAAAAGAUGGGAUUGUAAGGUAACUCCUACAGCUUAAACUAGUCACUGUUUCCCUCCACACUGGUUGUAAAUUUACUGAAUAGGCAUGAAUAUAUUUCAGGAAAUUAAACUAUAUUUUCACUAUAUUCAACAUCCUGCUGAUCUUAUGAGAGUUGCAGGAAACAGGUGUUUCUCCCACAUUAAGCAGCUGAAGUUAAAACAUCACAUCAAGCUGCUCUAUGAUGGGUGCACUCAAUCAACUUUUGUCACACGCAACAGUUUUUUUUAAAGAAACAUGCUACAAUAUGGAGCAUUGUGUGCAGGCAAUAGGUAACUGCCAAAGAUGACCAUGUGUUCAAUUUCAAUACAAGUUGUGGCAAUGAUGUUUGUGUGUCAGCCAUACCUUUCCUGCAGAACUGUAUAUAGGUACUCAGAAAUCAUAAAUAUAUUUGCACAUAAAAAAAAAAUCUUUAAAAGUUUUUAUUAAUGAAAGUUUUCUUUUGUCUUUAAUUUCACCAUCUUGAAUAUUUGUUCCUAGAGCUUUGUUUUCAGCUUCUGGAAAAAAGGAAGAAGUCACAGGAUACUAAAUUUCAAGAGUAUUAGGGAUUAAGUACAAUUGCAAAGUUGUUAGUGGCCAAAAACUGAUGAGUCUUGAGGGCAGUGUGUGCGGGCACAUUGCUGUGGUGGAGCAGGCCAGGAGCCUAAACUUUCUUGCAGCCCAUCACAUACAUGUUCACACACUUUCACACUUACAAUAUUGAACUAUACAAUGAACAGAUAACAGAUUAUCUUGGUAAAUGCUGGAAUGGAGUAGUAUUCUUUGACUACCUUAAUAGGUAAUAGUGGGGGUAAUUUCUUUCUUGUCAUACCUACCUAAUUAUAUUUUGCUUAUUGUAUUUUGGAGUACAUGUAUUUGCUCUAUAAAUUAUUGGCGUGAUUUCAGGUUAAGGCUUGAAAAAGAGAGUCCACUUUGUCUUGCUUUGUUUGUAUCUGCUAAUUUUCUCAUGGCCACAAAAAAAGAAAGGGAGAAAAUUGCAUCCAGGAGUAGACGAAAGUAUCAAGCUAGAGGCAAAAAAAAAAAAAAAAAAAAAAAUCUAAAGAUAAACCAUAAGAGCAGUGAAGGGACAUUAGAAUAUUUAAAGGCACUGGAUUAUUUAUUAUUUUCAUAGAGUUAUGUAAUCAAGAUUAAAUUUCUUGAUUUAAUUCAUGUUUUGCUUCAUAUUCAGCCAGUUAGUGGAAUGGGAGAAGGUAUUGAUAUUUGUGCCAUGAUUUAGCCAGGAGCUAAACAUUAUUGUACAAUAGUAUUACAGGAGUUUUUUUUUUUUUUCCUGUAAGUUUUCAUUUGCUAUUUUGAUUUCCUAAGUAUCUAUGAAAUCUGCAUCAUGUGUUUUAGUUAAGAGUGGGAUUGGUGCUGUCCCAGGCUUGCUGUUCUGCUCGGAAUACUGUGCUGAGAAAUGGUCUUCCUUUAGGCAUAGACAAGUAUACAUGAUAAGUAGUGCAAUUUGUGGUUAGUACUUACUGCAUCAGUACAAUAUGUCUCAUAAAGAUUUUGAGAUUUGAAAACAGAAUUCAUUUUGAUUCUAAAGAACAUAAGAAAACACUACCAUCAGCAUAGUUAAUUUGAAGUAUAUUAGUUCUCAUUUCAAGUAAUAUAAAUCCUUCUUACAAUCAGAAGUAUUAUUAUCAUUGAAAGAACAUAUGUAAUUUAGAUGAGCAGAGUUUAUUAUCUUGCAUCUUUCAUCAACACAAAUUUAAGAAAGCUAUUUCAAAAAGUGUUCUGUUCCCCCUGCGUCUUAUGAGUAUAUGUGCUCAAAUUGAAAGAAUUUGUUUUUAUCAUAAAUAGUAGCAUAAUCAUGUUAUAUAAAUCAGUGGUACAUUUAUGUGUAGUCAUUAUUUUUGGCAUCUACUCACAGCUUUAGUAUUUGUAAUAUUGAACAAUAAUGAGGUUACCUAUUUUCCCCAACAUUACAUGUCCUUAGUAAUACAACUUGUUAUUGCAUAAAAGUUUUGCACAAAGCAUUGACUUAAGCAAGGCAUAACAAGACCAUCUCAUUACAUGUAUGCAUAUAAAAAUGCUUUUCUGCUUUACUGAAAAGCAAUCACUGGCCUCUCUUUUUUUUUGAAGUUGAUAAAACAGGAUGUAACACAAGUUUCUGUAGACAUUCUACAGGUGAAAAUAAAGGUUAAUCUAAGUUGAAAAUGUUCUGUGCACAUGAGCAAUUUGAGGCAUUGUUUAGCCAUGGUAUGAAAUUCAAGUGUGGCCUGGCAGCAGACUGGGCUGGUAUCUAUGGUUGGAUGUGUAGACCUGGAUGUCCAUUGGUGAAAUUUGAAUUAUUCAGUCAUGAUUUCUACAAGUUUUGGAGGUUUACAACAUCCCAUUAUGAGAUGAGUGAUAUGGACAGGUGGUUUACUGAUAAGCAUUACACAAUGAUAGUAUGGAUGUAAUAAACUAUCAUGCCUGCCUAUGCAGGGAGUGGGAAGGAGCAAGGUUAGCAGUAAAUCAGCUGAUUGCUAGUCAGUCACAUGCAGUUCCUGCCAAGAUAGUGACAAUAAAUAAGAACAUAAGAACAUAAGAAAUAAGGGAAGCUGCAAGAAGCGAGCAGGCUUACAUGUGGCAGUCCCUGUAUGAAACACACCUACCUAUUUCCAUCUGCUAUCCCCAUCCAUAAACUUGUCUAAUCUUCUCUUAAAGCUCUCUAGUGUCCUAGCACUAACUACAUGAUUACUGAGUCCGUUCCACUCAUCUACCACUCUAUUUAAGAACCAAUUUUUUCCUAUCUCCUUCCUAAACCUAAAUUUUUCAAGCUUGAACCCGUUAUUCCUUGUUCUACCCUGGUUGCUGAUCCUAAGAAUUUUGCUUACAUCCCCCUUGUUAUAACCCUUAUACCACUUAAAGACUUCUAUCAGGUCCCCUCUUAACCUACGUCUCUCUAAAGAAUGUAAAUUUAACAGCUUCAACCUCGCCUCGUAAGGAAUACUCAUCAUCCCCUGUAUCCUUUUAGUCAUUCUCCUCUGUACUGAUUCUAAUAGACCUAUAUCUUUCCUGUAAUGUGGGGACCAAAACUGCACCGCGUAGUCUAGAUGAGGUCUGACCAGCGCCAAGUAUAACUUCAAUAUUACUCCCGGCCUUCUACUUUUAACACUCCUAAAAAUGAAUCCUAGUACCCUAUUUGCCUUGUUUCUGCCUUCUAUGCAUUGUUUCCCUAGACGGAGUUCAGAGCUAACUAUAACUCCUAAAUCUUUCUCGUACCCUGUACCUACCAGAGUUUGGUUGUCUAAUGUGUACCUAUUGUGUGGGUUUCCUCUACCUACGCUAAGCACUUUGCAUUUAUUGAUAUUAAAUUGCAUUUGCCAUCUAUCCGUCCAUUCAUUCAUUCUAUCUAAGUCUGCCUGCAAGGCGAUGGCAUCCGAUUCUGACCUAAUUAAUCUACCUAUCUUUGUGUCAUCCGCAAAUUUACUAACAUCACUACUAAUUCCACUAUCCAAGUCAUUGAUAUACAUUAGAAAUAACAAUGGCCCUAAUACUGAUCCCUGUGGCACCCCACUAAUUACAUGACCCCACUCGGAUUUCGAGCCGUUUAUUACCACUCUGUCGCCUGUUACCAAGCCAUGAUCCUAUCCAGCCUAACACCUUCCCAUCUAUCCCGUGUGCCCUAACCUUUCUCAGGAGCCUUUGAUGGGGUACCUUGUCAAAUGCUUUACUAAAGUCCAGAUAUAAGAUAUCAUAACUAUCACCAUUAUCUACUGCCUCGUACACCUUACUGUAAAAACUUAAGUUUGUCAGGCAAGACUUCCCCUUCGUGAAGCCAUGCUGUGACUGAUUUAUCAACUUAUGUUUGUCUAAAUGUUCCCUAAUGUUCCUCGCUAUUAUUGACUAACAUUUUACCUACAACUGAAGUUAAGCUGACAGGUCUAUAAUUAGAUGCUAAAGUUUUAUCUCCUUUCUUAAAGAUGGGCACUACAUUAGCCUGCCUCCACAUUACUAGUACCUCACUCAACUCCAGUGAUUUCCUAAAGACAGAAACUAACGGCUCACUAAUAAUCUCUUUGCAUUCCUUAAGUACUCUGGGAUAUAUUUCAUCAAGUCCUGGUGACUUGAACUUUUUUAGCCUAUCUAUCUCCUGUUCCACUAUCUCCCUAGUUAUGGAAAUAUCUGUCAGCUUCUCAUUCUCAUCUGCUCUAAACACCUGUUCACUAUCUGGCAUAUCCUGCAUGUUUUCCUGGGUGAAGACAGUUAAAAAAUAAUCAUUCAGAAGUUUACUAAUUUCCUCCCCAGAACUAACCAGCUCCCCAUCUGCUGCCUUUAAUGGACCUACAGUAUCCUUAUUCUUCGUCCUGUAUACCUGAUAAAAUCCCUUUGGGUUUGUCUUCGCCUGGCUGGCUACCUUUGAUUCAUAAUUGUCCUUAGCUUUCCUCGUUAACUUCCUGACUGUUCUAACUAAUUCAUUAUAUUGUGUCCUUAAAACUUCUUCACCUGCCCUUAAUCUCCUAUAUGUACUUCUCUUAAUGCUUUAACCUAGCAGUCAUCCAUUUAGGGUAAUUUUUUUGUGAUCUUAUUGUUCUAUACGGGAUAUUUGCUAACUGACCUGUAUGAACUUUACGAAAUAUUUAUACAAUUCAUCUACAUUUACUUCACCUAGUCCCCUCAUCUCGUCCCCUACCAUCCUCUCCACUCCCUCAUCUACUCGCCUUGACCUCACCUCUCUCAUUUCAGCAUGACCUGACAUUCCAAAUGCAUUCAGAUUGUAUUGCAUAACUUAAGUAAUGUGGAGUGUGUGGAUAUGGUCAUAGUUAUCCACUUGGCCUGGCUCUUGUAUCUGUUGCCAGGCCAUACUUGAAUUUCACACCAUGGAGUAAACAACACCUCAAAAUGUAUAUGUGCAUAGAACAUUUUUGACUAAGAAUAACCUCUGGCAAUAUCCCCAGAAACUUGUGUUACACCCUGUAUUUCUUUUUAGAUACUCAUUUUAAGUUUAUAACAUAAUUUUUGUUUACACCUGAAUCUUUCUCUCAAGAAAUAAAAUUUCACAUCCUCACAGAUUGUAAAAAGAAACAAUUUCUUAUUGACAGUAAAUAAUGUUUAAGCCAGUUAUGUAAAAGGGCAGGUUAAAAGACUUAUUCUGCUCAUUGAAAAUUAAUAUUUAGUGCAAUUUAGUAUUGGUUGCCCAUCACUGCUGCCAGAUUUGUGAUUGCUGGAUUACAGAGAGGUUAGAUUAGAAUACACUUAACCCAACAGGUAACCACCUCAUCCUAUCUUUAUAAUACCCCGUAAAUCAGUACUAGUUCAUUAACAUGUGGGGCUGAACUAAUAUAACUUUUCUGUCAGUACUGAUACUGAUACUUAAUUUCUGGCUGAUACUCAUAGUAUUGGUACAGCCAAUACAGUUAGCUAAGAAAUAAUAAUUUUUCUUUGCAUUUCUUUGUCAUAAACUUUUGAAGAGCCAGUGCUGUAUAAUGCACACAAGCUUCACACAAACGCACCACUGUUGAAUUUUUCAGAUAACCUUAUCAGGUUAUCCGAUAAUUAUUUUUCUUGCAUUAUUGAUUCAUUGGUACUGCUGAUGCAUUUGGUUCCAAACUAGUGAUAAUUGAUAACUUUAGUUUUUUAGAACAUGAUCAUGUUAAAGUUUUAAACUUUCAAAAUCAAAUGUAGUUGUUCUACUUAAAACAUACCUUUCAUUAGUGAAGAGACAGGAUAAACAUUGAAUUUGAAAUUCUUUCUAAGAUUUUUCUAAGUUUGCUAAAGUAAAUAAAAAGAUAUUUGAAUUUAUCGACUUUUUAUUUAAAAUAUCAAUAUCAAUUCUAGUAUUGGAAUUUUGGAUUUAUUGAUUUAUUGGUUAUUGAGUGAUAAAUUUAUCACGAGUUACUGAUCAUUGGUUAUUGCAGGUAAGGUUAUCGUUAUCGAUUUAUCAGUUAUCAUGAUAAAUUUUUUCGUUAUCGCACCUAGCUAUGAUAAUGUUGUGCUUGCAUUUAGUACAACAAGAAGCAUUUUCUUUAUUCAUUGGAGCCAUGGCUGGAGUUAAAAUUGAGCACGUUUAAUAAUAAAUGGAGAAAAACAAAUUGGAAUGGCUUUCCUGUGUUUGAAAGUGAUGCCAGCUGUUUAUGCAGCAAGUAGCUUUUUGUGAUCUGUUUCACUUCAUAAUUCUUCCUAGGUAAUUUACUCCUUGCUUGUGUUUUUCUUGUACUGCCUCUAUUGUACUACUUCCUCAUUCCUUUUUUCCCAACUCUGUGUUAAAAACUCUUAAUACAUUUUAUUAUCUUUGCAAUAAACAGUAGUGCAGCAAGUUGAUGCAGCUACAUGGAAAAUAUUAAAUUUUGCUAGCCGAAAUUAGUACUGUAUUAGUGAUGGAACCAGAUUAGCGAUUGCUGGAUUAGUAUUAGCUGUAUUGUGUUCUUUAAGCAUAAUGAUUAUUGAUAUUAAUGCAAUUAUGACAUUUUUCAUGGAUAUCAUGCAACCUAGUUUGUUUUAUACUCACUUAGUGCAUACACAUAUAUAUUUAAAACAUCUUUGGUUUGUAAGGUUAUCACAUUAAAUAACCCAAGCAGC